AAUGAGCACCGAGUGUCGACACUCUCGCGCUCAUUGUGAAGCUAAAGGUCCAAGUUGAAGCCUUUGCCUCUCUUCGCGCACGCGAGCUUUCGUCAAAAUAUGUCGACACUCUCUCCUAAUGCCCGUCCUCCUCCCUCCCAAUUUGCUUCUUCCAUCUCUUUCUCUCUCUCUCCAUCCCUCUGUAUAUUAUGUGUCUGUUUCUGUGCUCUGCUUCUCCCAACAACAUCAAGACAUCCCCCAAAUUGAAAUUCGUCUCUUCCCCCAUCAAAACUAUCAAAUCGAGAUUCCCGUUUUCUAGAUCAAGCAAUUUCGGUGGAAAUUUUAUAUAAACCACCAAAAAAAAAACCACAUCCCCAUGUUAUUCAUCGAGGUUCGCUCUCUCGCACACGCAUGAAUUUCCAUUUCUCUACGAUUCGAUUCUCUGAUUAAAACGCUGCGUUUUGUGUAGGAUCUUUUGCCCCUGCUCUGGUCUUCUGGUUUCCGAGAAAAAGCUCGGUUUUUCAAAGUCCAUGGCCAACACGAGCUGCGAGAGCUCCGAGGUCGAGGCCUCCUGCCGCGAUGAGUCAUCGGCGCUCGUCCUCAAACUCAUCGCCGUCGCUUCGAUUCUCAUCGCCGGAGUCGUCGGGGUAGCCAUUCCCCUCGUAGGAAAAAAUCGCCGGUUUCUCCGGACCGACAGCAGCCUCUUUGUCGCGGCCAAAGCCUUCGCGGCCGGCGUCAUUCUGGCGACCGGGUUCGUGCACAUGCUUAAUGGCGGGUCGGAGGCGUUGAACAACCCGUGUUUACCCGAAUUCCCGUGGGCCAAGUUUCCGUUCUCGGGCUUUUUCGCCAUGAUGGCCUCGCUUGCCACGUUGCUCGUUGACUUUGUCGGGACGCAGUAUUACGAGAGGAAACAGGGGCUGGCCCGGCCCAUCGCGGACCAGGUCCGGGUCGGGUCGGAUGUACCGGAAAUUGAGGCGGGCGUGGGUCCGGGGCAUCCCCAAAAGGAUCUGAAUGGGAAGGUGUUUGGGGAAGAGGAAGGCGGUGGGAUGCACAUUGUGGGAAUGCAUGCGCACGCGGCGCACCAUAGACACAGCCACCCGCAUGGGCAGGCCGCGUGUGACGGCCACGUGGCGCGGGAACCCGAACUUGAACACGGGCACGAUCACGGGCACGGGCAUUCUCACGGGUUCGGUGAUGCUGACGAGGAUAGUGGUGUUCGGCACGUCGUCGUUUCUCAGAUUUUGGAACUUGGGAUUGUAUCACAUUCUGUCAUCAUCGGCCUAUCUCUGGGAGUUUCACAGAGCCCAUGCACCAUAAGACCCUUAGUUGCAGCUCUCUCCUUCCACCAGUUCUUUGAAGGCUUUGCACUUGGAGGCUGCAUAUCUCAAGCCCAGAUCAAGACCCUCACAGCAACUGUCAUGGCCUGUUUUUUUGCCAUCACAACUCCCCUCGGGAUCGGCGUUGGGACGGCCAUUUCUUCAUUUUACAACCCAUACAGCCCAGGAGCUUUGAUAACUGAAGGCAUCUUGGAUUCCCUGUCUGCUGGCAUUCUGGUGUACAUGGCCUUGGUGGACCUCAUUGCUGCUGAUUUCUUGAGUAAGAGGAUGAGCUGCAAUUUUAGGCUCCAAGUUGUAUCUUAUUGCUGUCUCUUUGUUGGAGCUGGAUUGAUGUCCUUGCUUGCAAUUUGGGCUUGAUUUUCUUUCCCCCUUUUCUAUUUUUCUGGUGUUUUAUGUUCAUUGUUUAGUAGUACUAGUAAAUGCAAGGGAAAAUCAAAUUCUUUCCACUUGGUUGCUAAGAGAGUAGUUGACAAGUUGUUGUCUUUUAGAUUGGGAUGGCUCCAAUAUAUUUUAUAAAAUCUCCAAUACCCUUUUCACCC